AGAACAAGUGUGACUGAACUUAAUCAUGACAGAAAGAUCUGGGAAUGAAUAACAUUUAACUUUUCAGUCUUUGGGCUUGGGGGAAGGGAUCAAGUAUUUUCAGGUCAAAAGGCUCAAAUCCAAGUGAAGUCACGAGUCAUCGGUGUUAAAGUCCAAGUCGAGUUGCAAGUCUUUUUUUACUUUGUCAAGUUGAGUCUAAAGUCAUCAGAUUUGUGACUGGAAUCCGAGUAAUGUGACUCAAGUCCACACCUCUGAUUAUGGGCAUGGAUUUCAAUCGAUUUUUACACAACUGGUCUAAUUUGUUUCUAAUCUUAAUAUUGUACAAUAAUUGUUUUAAUUCUCAGUUUGGACACCAGAUGUCACCAUUGGCUAUAACAUGAUAAGUUAGCUGCUGACCUGCUGUCUGUCUCAGACUUUUAAGAGUUCUCUCAAGUACUCAAAAGGUUUUAAUAGACUCCACACACCAGAUAAAGAUGUUAAAUGUGCUAUAUAUGUGUAUCUCUCUCUCUCUCUCUCUCACACACACACACACAUGCAUUUUGAAAUUUACAUAAUUUUCCUCUCCUGACCUUUGAUUAUGUUCCAGUGUAUAAUCACAGGGUGUCUGUAUUGACUUUGUGAUUAGCCUGAUAUAACGCCCUGUAAUAUUUAAACUGUUCUCAUGCUGAUAAUAUGUGUCAGGACUCUUUUUCUUUGAAGUGAACCACAUAAAAAACUCUCUCAACUAGCGUGAUGUAAGGAAACUCUAGUUUACAGGACAGAUGUUCCAGCCCUCAGGGACCGAGCUGUAAAUAUCUGUUAUAAUAAGUGGAUGAGGAGGAUGCCUGCAGUAUAUAUGUAUUUACCCAUGGUGGAGCUUUCUGCCUGCAGGACGGGGUUUUUUUUUUCUCUUUGUAAAUCUCUUAAUGAUCUUGUUUACCCUUCAGCCAUAAUGAUUACUUACUGGGCAGAGAGCGUAUAGCCAUAAAGAGAAGCAGGAAAUCUGUUACUGAUCACAAAUUUGUUAUUGCUCUCGUUAAUGUGUGAUCUCAUACACACACACACACACUAAAAAUGGAUUUACAUUUUUCUGUAGUUACUCUACAGCAGAUUAAGAGUUUAGUGAAGCAGGACUUUCUUGCACUUAUUACUGGCCAGACUUCACUAGACAAACACGCCAAGGAUAGAAUAUCCACGGUCCGCCUCGGUUUCCCGACUAAGACGUGACGUCAGUCUGGAGGGAAAAGGGGGGAGGCCCAUUGAGACUCACUCACUAUCUGCCGAGGAUGUGAGAGGUCUGUGGCUGCUUGCUUCUGCACCACCCACUUCAUUUCCCCCACAAUCAACAGGAAGACUGGAGGCCAAAGAGAGCAGACGCACACUCAGGAGAGGAAGGACGAGGAGGUCCAGCUGUACAGCCGGAACAAAGGAAAACCAAGAAUGAGCAAGAAUCAGAAAGAAGUGAAGAAAAUCCAGACGGUUUAUCUGCAGAACUUGGAGAAACUAAACCAGGGGAUAAAGCCAGAGAAGAAAAGUUGGAAACCAAAGGAAGGAGACUUUGCUGCAGCCAUGGAAAAGCUGCGACAGCCUCCCAUAGCUGGGAAAGUAGUGAACAAAAGCUCAGCGCACAGAAUCAGCAGAGAUCUCACCUGCUCCAUCUGUCUGGAUCUCUUCAAGCAGCCGGUGUCCCUGCCUUGUGAUCACACCUUCUGCCAGGGCUGCAUUGAGGGCUACUGGACCGGGCCCCGGGGCCCCAUCCAGGGGGGCACGGGGUCAUGCCCCCAGUGCAGGAAGGUAUACCCCGGGCAGAGCUACAGGCCCAAUCGCAUCGUCGCCAACAUAGUGGAGAGCUACUGUCAGGGUCUGGAGGAGAGCGGGACGGGACCUCGCCUGGCAGAUGUGGGGGUGGCGGAGAGGGUUCCCGCUCCGGUGCCACGCUGCACCCGGCACAGAGAGGAGCUGAAGCUUUACUGCGAGGAGGACCAGGAGCUGGUGUGUCUGGUUUGCGGUCUCUCCCAGGAGCACAGGAACCACACCAUGGUGUGUGUCCAGGAGGCUGAGCAGAAGUACAGGGCGUCUCUGAACAGCUCCAUGGAUUCCCUCAAAGCUGAACUCAACACGGCGCUACAGUGCGACAGGGAAGCCGAGGACGAGGUCAAAAAGCUCAAGGAGCACACCGCUGACCUGAAGCAGCGCAUCGAGGCCCAGUUCAGCGACCUGCACCAGUUCCUGUACCAGGAGGAGAAGCUGCUGCAGGUGAAGCUGAAGACGGAGGAGCGUCGAGAGCUGAUCCGACUGGACGAGCACAAGGCCCUGCUCUGCGUGGAGAUCUCCCGUCUGCAGAGUGCACUCCACGAGAUAGAGGACAAGCUGAGAGAGCAGGAUGCCUUCGUUCUGCUGCGGAGCAUCAAAGUCCUGCUCCAGAGGCCUUCGCUGAAGUUUGAGAAACCUACGUUCACACCGCCCAGUCUUUGCGAGGGCCGGUUUGCGGGGCCCCUGCAGUACAGAGUGUGGAAAUCCAUGAAAGGAAGCAUUUAUCCAGUUCCAGCAGCCAUCACGUUUAACUCCAGCACGGCCAACCCGUGGCUCAGCCUGACCUCCUCCCUCACCUGUGUCCGCUACCAGACCUUCAACCACACCGUGCAGGACAACCCCUACAGGUUCAACGCUGCCCUGUCGCUGCUGGGAAGCCAGGGCUUCACCCACGGGCGUCACUACUGGGAGAUCGAGGUCUACAGCAGCACCGUCUGGACUGUGGGGGUGGCCCGAGAGUCGGUGCCAAGAAAGGGAGUCAUCAAAGCCCUGCCAGCCAACGGCUUCUGGACUCUCUCCCUCUCUUACGGGAUACAGUACAUGGCCGGCACUUCACCCCCAACAGUCCUGUCCCUGGAGGAGCCGCUGGCCCGGAUCGGGGUGUACCUGGACUACAAGAGGGGCCUGGUGUCCUUUUACAACGCAGAGGGCAUGACACACCUGUACACCUUCAGGGAGACCUUCAGGGAGACGCUGUACCCGUACUUCAACCUGGGCUUUCUGGAUAAAGUGCAUGAAAAUGAGCCUCUCAAGGUUUUCCUACCAAAGAUUUAAAAAAAACGGUAACAAAAUACAACUGAAAGGGAAAACAGGGGUAAAAAGUUACCAAACAAACAUGGAAAAAUGUACUUUCAAUUAGAGCUGGGCGAUAUGGCCAAAAUCUCCUAUCACAAUAUAGGUCAUUUCAUAUCUUGAUAAUGAUAUAUAUCACGAUGUAACAUGUUUUCUGGUAACGCCUACUUUUGUAUACUCAAAAUUAACAUUCGUUUGAGGUGAAAUUAUAGUGAACAAAAGGUUUUAUAUCGUUUUGACGAUAUAUAUCGUCAUAUUGCCCAGCCCUACUUUCAGUUGUACAGAAUAGUAGAUUUGUAAUUUUGCAAUGUAGAUCAGAGGUUUCCAAAGUGGGAGGCAGGCCUCCCCAGAGGAGCCUCAGUGAAUGGACGUUAUUAAAUAUUACAUUACAGUAGUUAUCGAAAGAAGAGCACAUAGUAUAGCCUAAAUAUGUGUGAUUUGGUUAAAGAGAUACAGUAGUUUGGGGGCAUUUUUCUGUUUUUCACACUUUCCCAAAGUCAGAAACUAAAAAAAACCCUAGGACAGACUUUUUUUUUAUCUAUUUGGUUGUAGUUUGAAGUUAUGUCACACAGAAAUAUUAGGCUAUCUUGGCUCAAUUGUGGAAAACUAAGCAAGUAAACUAGACUUUUAAAAACCCCUUCAUUAGAUAUUAGUAGUAUCUGUCCAACAGAGACAGAUGUACAGGUGGCCUAUCUUAAAGGGGACCUGUGGAGUUGUCAAAAUAAACAAAAAGUCAUGUUAACAUUCAGCAUUACUCACCAAAAAGCAUAUCCCUUGAGGUCUAAUAAACAUGUUGAGUGUGUUUCCUUCCUCAUAAAACAUUUGCAAAGCUGAUUUUCAUUCCAGCAUUUUUGUUAGCUGGUGUGAUUGCUGGCUUGCAGUCUUCUUCUUCGCUUUCUUUGUUGGCACAUUGCAGCAUAUCUGUGUGUGUUAGCGCCACCUGUAGAUCAGUGGUCAGACAGUACAUUACAGAAACAAACACUGACUCACUCAUUGAUAAACGGCUCCAUACCAUGACGUCACUAGAAAGACUAAAACUCCACAGGGAAACCUUUAAGCGACAUUUUUUGUAACACAUUUUGUCUGUUUGACAGUUUGUAGACUGGAUCUACUGCCACACAUUUCAUUUCAGAGAAGCUGUGCUUCAGUGAAGAAUAUGAAACUGUUUGGUUAACUGACUGCUCAAGUGUGCUAUUAUGUUUAUGUUUUUUUUAAUGAUUUAAUAAUCUUUCUUGUGCAUGAUACACUAAUACAUUCAAUAAAAUAUCUUUAUAUACUGUGAUUUUAUUGACAUGUUGAAUAAUUGUACAUUAUGUUUUAGUUGAUUAUAUGGUGUUAUUUGGUGGAACAUUCAGGGACCUUAGGAGAUGUUAAGCUUUUUUGAUUGGAACUGGAGGACAAUAAUAACACUAGUCUUUUUUUAUGUGAACAAAUGGUUUUAAUGUUGGAUAUCUACUUUGUAGUUGUCGUGCUCGAUGCCUUGACUGUAUCAACUGUUUACCCUGGCUGAUCCAAGGGCAGAUGCACCCAGUUAUCACACCGAAUCAUAUGGGCAACAUUUUAAUAAAAGCAUUUCUUGAAA